CUUGCAAUCUCUCGACCGCGCGUGUCUCCGCUAAUUUCCAAUCUAACAGUUCGAUUAACGCACAUUUCGACGCGUAUUAAUAAUUUUUAAUUUCAGAUAGAGAAAGCAGUAAGUUGAACCGAGGUUAAAGUUGAUUCGCAUUGACCGAAAUGGACAUCAGAGGAUCGAAUGCCGAUUAAUUAAUUUGCCAAGCGAUACCUGUAGCAUUUCGCUAACAUAUUACACUAUUGCAGUGACAAUAGCAUUAGUAAUUUUUACCGUAAGAAAGAAAGACUAGGGACAGUAAAUUGUACCUACAGCUAAGACUACCGAGCAAGUCAAUCGUUAAUUAAAUUAAUUGAAGAUCGAUCGUACAUCUCCGACAGAAACGUUGUUUUUGUGUGGACUCGCAACAUUUCUGUCUCUCUAGAGCGUUGAUCUUUUUAAACAAGCUAGCCAACGAUUUAAUUUGCAACUAGAAUCUCCUAGGGUCGAGAAUUCUCGUAUCGCGCCUGAUUGAAAAUCCUUUUUGCGAUGGGAAGUACGGAAACACGUAGGGAAGUAAAAAGGAGAAAGAUCCUCCGCGAUUAACAUUCCAAGCAUGGAGGGUGUCGAGGCUGAAGAACCGGAACGUGUCAAGGCCGAGGUGAAGCCCGAAAUCGCGCGGCUCUGUCAUCAGGAAUUGGCGAAGUCGACCAAGGCGACCAUAAACGAUCUCGUUGAGCGCGAGCCGCUGCUCCGCGGGCUGCCUGCGGACGUCACGGUGGAAGAGCUGAAGUCGCAGACCGCGGUCGCGCAGGGCCAGGCCAUAACGUUAUUCUUGAACCGCGGUGCACUGCCGAGGCUCGCAGUGGUGGUACCGCCGCACAACACAACGGUGCUCGACCUGAAAAAGGCCGUCAAGCGACACAUGAACUUGUCCCUGAAGAGAGAACGCGUGAAGAAGAAGAUAAGCUGGAAGCACAUCUGGAAGAAAUAUCACCUCCGCUUCGAGGACACGCUGCUCGCCAACGACAGAGAGAACAUCAAAGCUUACGGCAUCGCCAACAGGGUGGAAUUGCACUUCGCCAAGAGGCGCAGGGAGAAGAAUAAGCUGAGAUAAAGAACACUUUAUUUGUACAAAAGUUAACGACUUCUGUACAAAUUUACUGCUCGCGUUGUUUCGCUUAUGUCCAGUAGUACUUCUGUCGAGCAUUUGCGACUUGCGGCGCCCAGCGAUUGAGAUUGUGCGAGUAACAAUUAAACACUUUGUAAAUAAUGAUAAAUACGUCGUGGUGUC